ACUCGAGCUCAUUUACUCUUAAUCGCUUUACUUAGCCGCUUCUUUUUUUUAUUCUAAAUAAUUAAUGUAAUUAAUUGUUGUGAUUUUUUAAUGAGUUUAUUUACAUUUGCAUGUUGAUUUAAUUGUUCAUCUUUAUUAUUGUUUUCCUAUUUUGUUUUGUUUCUUAAACUGUGAUGGAUAAAAUACUUGAAAGUAAAUAUGAACUUCGAAGAGCCGAACUUUUGGAAAAGUAUGAAAAGCGAUCUAAACAACGUCGAAAACGUGUAAAAGCAAAUGGAUGGAUAACUGUGAAUAAAUUGCCAGUAGAUUUUUCUAAACGACGACGACGGCGACCACCAAAGAUUGACGAUGAUGACGAGAUUGAAUCUGCAGUGUCAUCAAUUGAUAUGAUUCAUUGUCCAACAAAUAAUUUAACGGAAAAUCAAAGUAAACAAAAUAACAGUAAACUUACUCACCCGCCAUUAGUAUUGGAUGAUUUAGAUGUAGCAGAGGAUUUCGAUCCAAACAAGUUUGACCAACAACAACAACAACAGCAACAACAACAAUUCCAAUACCUGAUAAAUGAAUCAACUCAAGUUGACCAAACAACAACCGAUCCAAGGACAACAAAAGAUUUGGAUAUUCUCAGUGAAAUAAUCAACAAUCUCAAUUAUGUGCCUGAAAAUGAUGAUCAAAAUUUCAACAAUUUCCACCUCGACUCCUUCAGAACGGAACCACCACAAGAAUCAAUUCUAUCAUCAUCUUCACCUUUUCCAGCAUCCAUGUUGUCCCCAUCAAUAGCAUCUACAUCACCAGAACAACACCAAAAUCAACCUCAACCUCAACCACCGGAAGUUCACAAAGUUGAUGAGGUUUCUUCCGCUUCUUCACCCAGCCAAUCCCCACCUCCACCUCCACAGCCAAUGCCAACACCCUCUCCACCCUCUCCACCUUCAUCAUGCUCUAAACCCACCCUGACAUCAUCAUCACCACCACCACCACCAUGUCGACCUCCACUUCAACCAUCAUACGGUAAAGAUAUUUUCCAAAUGCUUGAAGAUGCAAAUCAACAGAAUCAAAAUGAAUCAACGACGAGUGAUGAUGAAUCUGAAUUAGAUGAUUGAUUUAUUUUUCUAUUUUUUUUUCUUUUUCAUCCAGUGAAUCAACUUGAUUAUUUCCCUCUGAUUGUUGUCCAGAUUAAAUCACCUUAAAUCAUUUUCA